GGUCUUCUCCAGCUGUCCUUAGACACAGAAGUCCUUAACACGGCCAUUCUGACGGGGAAGACGGUGUCUGUGCCAGUCAAGGUGGUUGCUGUGCAGGAGGAUGGGUCCGUGGUCGACGUUUCAGACUCCACCGAGUGCAAGUCAGCCGACGAAGACGUCAUAAAGGUUUCUGACAGAUGUGACUCCAUCUUCGUUAACGGCAAGGAGAUGAAAAGCAAAGUGGAUACCAUUGUUAACUUCACUUACCAGCAUUUUACCACCCAGCUGGAAGUGACGGUCUGGGUUCCCCGGCUCCCGCUGCAGAUCGAGAUCUCUGAUACGGAGCUCAGCCAGAUCAAAGGCUGGAGGAUACCCGUCACCUCCAAUAAAAGGCCUACCCGUGACAGCGAGGAUGAAGAGGAUGACGAGAAAAAAGGCAAAGGCUGUACCCUGCAGUACCAACACGCCAUGGUGCGAGUCCUCACGCAGUUCGUAGCUGAAUCCUCCGAGCUGGGAGGCCACUUGACCUACAUGCUGGGCUCCGAGUGGCAGUUUGACAUCACUGACCUCGUGACUGACUUCAUGAAGGUGGAAGAGCCCAGGAUUGCCAAGCUUCAAGACGGCCGAGUUCUGGUUGGUCGUGAGCACGGCAUCACCACGGUGCAGGUUCUGUCACCUCUUUCCGAUUCCAUCUUGGCAGAGAAGACAGUGAUAGUUCUGGAUGACCGAGUGACCAUCACAGAUCUCGGAGUACAACUGGUGUCAGGCUUGUCCCUCUCCUUACAAAUCAGCAAAGGAAGUAAGAGAGCUAUCGUUUCUACCACCUCUGCGUAUGAUAUCCUUCACACCCCAAAACAGGAAGCCGUAGUCAGUGCGUGGCUUUUGUUCAGUGAUGGGUCAGUGACGCCGUUAGAUAUCUAUGACUCCAAGGACUUCUCGAUCACCAUCACCUCACUGGAUGAGAUGGUGGUGUCUGCACACCAGAACCUUCAGUCCAAGUGGCCUGUGGUAGUGGCGGAAGGGGACGGGCAAGGACCUUUGAUUAAAAUUGAAAUGGUCAUCAGUGAGCCAUGCCAGAAGACAAAGCGGAAGAGCAUUCUGGCUGUUGGGAAGGGAAGCGUCAAGGUGAAGUUUGGUCAAAAAGAUUCUGACCAGAAAGGAAGCAGUAAUGACAUAGAUGAGAUAGAUACAGAUUUUAAAAGCCAUGCAAGCAAUUCUAUAGAGAAACCUGCAGAACAAGAGAGGACAGCACAAGAAUGGUCCAAAAACCACGAGGACACGUCCAGUCACGAGGACAAUGCAAACAAAAGCACAACUUUCAUAUCUCCCAUUGAUCAGGAGUCCCUGGAGGAUGGCCAGAUCCAAAAUAACCCAACUGCCUUCACAGGUUUCCCUGCGCAAGUAGAAAUACCGGGAGAAAACAGCCCCAGCGAUCUCACAUUGACUUCAAGAGGAUUGACAGACCUGGAGAUCGGCAUGUAUGCCCUGCUGUGUGUUUUCUGCUUAGCAAUCUUGGUCUUUUUGAUUAACUGUGUGGCAUUUGCUUGGAAGUACAGGCAUAAAAGGUUUGCUGUGAGCGAGCAAGGCAACAUCCCCCAUUCCCAUGAUUGGGUCUGGCUUGGCAAUGAAGUGGAACUGCUGGAAAACACAGUGGACAUUUCGCUCCCGUCAGAGGAGUGCACUACCAUGAUCGACAGAGGAAUGCAGUUCGAAGAAAGCAACUUUCUCCUUAACGGGAGCUCUCAGAAGACUCUUCAUAAUCAUAUCCUCAGAUCUUCUGAGUAUCUUUGUGAAAAAGAAGUUAAAAGUGAACCUAUAAAUCCUUCUGGGCCAAAGCAGAAGCGAGUAAAGUUCACUUCAUAUACAACGAUACUGCCGGAGGAUGGAGGCCCCUACACCAAUUCAAUUCUAUUUGACAGUGAUGAUAAUAUUAAAUGGGUAUGCCAAGAUAUGAAUCUUGGUGACUCCAAGGAACUUAGGGACUAUAUGGAAAGACUGCAAGACAAUAUGUGA